GAAGAAGCUGCUCCAGCCCAGGCUAUGGCCCUGCCAGGUGGCAACAAGGACAAUAUCAGAGCUGGAUGUAAAAAAUGUGGCUAUCCUGGUCACCUGACUUUUGAAUGACAUAAUUUUCUCCGAGUAGAUCCCAAAAGGGGCAUAGUUUUAGAUGUCAGCAGCACAAGUAGUGAAGACAGCAAGGAAGAGGCUGAGGAACUCAACAAAUUGCAGACUUUGCCUGAGAAAGAUACAAAUGAGAAAGAAGAAAAGAAAAAACAAAAAAGAAAAAGUAAAGAGAAAAUUAAAUUGAAAAAGAAAAGGAAACAGUCUUAUUCAUCUAGUUCUACCGAUGAAGACACUUCAAAGCAAAAGAAACAGAAAUCCCAGAAGAAGGAAAAGAAAAGAGAGAAAAAAAGCAAAACAAAAAAAGGAAAACAUCAUAAAAAGGAGAAGAAGCGAAAAAAGGAAAAAUGUUCUUCAUCUUCUAAUAGUUCAGACUCCUCUAGUAGUAACUGAAACAUCUGCCCAUUCUGACAUUUUUUAUUUAAGGGACUUAAACUUCCUUCAGUAAUUAUGCUUUGUAUUAAACUCACACCUUCCAGGCAAGCAUUCCUCUGUAUACAAGGCCAACACUGCUCUUGACCUGCCCACGGUUGUCCUUAUGAU